CAAUUUCAUUUCAUUACAUUACAUACCAUUCUUCCACAUUUCACAUUUCUUCAACCUCCAUUCACCAUUUUUACUUAUCUUAACUCCGAUUCAGCUCUUAUCGCUUCGAUUCGUUGUUUUAUUGGUUUCUCGAACACGAAACAUGGAGAGUUCGUUCGAGGCAUGGGAAGAAAUGCAACGACACGGUCAGGAUAUAGCUGACCGAUUUACGCAAGGUUUCACCGAAUUGAUUCAUACACGCAUAACUCCACCGCAAAUCGUUUGGCCAAAUCCUCCAAAAUCAAAGCUGUUUGAUCUGGAGUUUUCGACGCAGAGUUUUGGGAAGAAGGAUUUUGGAUUACCUGUUGAUGAUUAUGGUGUUUCGGCGAUUUUCGAUAUCGGUAAUCGGAUCGGUCAAGCUGGGAUGGAUUUUGGUGCUAGUUUGAAUGGAAUGGUUCAGCAGUUUUUUAGGUCGUUGCCGGUGCCGUUUAAGCAGGAGGAGGAUGGGGUUAGGGUUGGGGGAAAGGGAGAGAGAGGAGGGGUUUAUGAGAGAUUGAAGAAUCAUGGGUUUUCUGAAAGUGUUAGUGGUAGUGUUGACGAAGAGAUUGGUGGGUUGAAUCUUGGUUCUGCUGGUUAUUUGGGUAGGAGACAGGGAGUCAUAAAUUUUACGUCAACUUAUGAUAGUAGAACUCAAGAAGUAGAAGGUUCUAUAGCUACAAGGGGAGAUUUGUGGAGAGUAGAGGCAUCACGUGGUGGUUCUACAUCUGGAAAUGAAAAUUCAUCUCUUUUCCUGGUCCAACUUGGACCUCUCCUCUUUAUCCGUGAUUCGACUCUUCUUUUGCCUGUUCAUUUGUCAAAGCAACAUUUGCUGUGGUAUGGCUACGACAGAAAGAACGGAAUGCAUUCUCUUUGUCCAGCAGUGUGGUCAAAACACCGUCGGUGGCUGUUGAUGUCCAUGCUUUGCUUGAAUCCCGUAGCUUGUUCAUUUGUGGAUCUUCAAUUUCCAAACGGGCAACUAACCUAUGUAUCCGGUGAGGGUCUAAGUACGAGUGCUUUCCUUCCUAUUUGUGGAGGUCUUCUUCAAGUUCAGGGUCAAUAUCCCGGUGAAAUGAGAUUCAGCUAUUCCUGCAAGAACAAAUGGGGAACGAGAAUCACACCAAUGAUACAAUGGCCUGAUAAAUCGUUUUCCUUCGGUGUUUGUCAAGCGCUGGCUUGGAAGAGGUCUGGUCUCAUUGUAAGGCCAACUGUUCAAUUCAGUGUGUGCCCUACAUUUGGUGGAAGCAAUCCAGGGUUGAGGGCUGAACUCAUUCAUUCAAUCAAAGAGCAACUCAAUCUAAUUUGUGGAUGUUCCAUGACAACUUAUCCUUCCGCAUUUGCUUCAGUAUCUAUUGGUAGGUCGAAAUGGAAUGGAAAUGUUGGGAAGUCAGGUCUUGUUCUGAGAGUUGAUACUCCCCUCUGCAGUGUUGGACGUCCUUCUUUCUCCGUUCAGAUAAACAGUGGCAUUGAAUUUUGAUGAUACCCUUCAAAUUCAUGGCGCCAUCUUUUCUAUAUUUUUUUCAAUGAGAAGUGUACAUAGGUUUGGUUUGGUUCAUCCACAACAUUAUACUCCUAACAUCAAAAGCUUGCAGUGUUUAUGUGAAUAGAAAAAAUCUAGUCAGAUUGGUACAUAUUUUGGCCACUUUUUAUGGUUUGGCUCAAUUCAUCAUAUGUUGGAGCUCAGUGUACUUACUAUAUUGAAUUUCAUAAUUGUUUUGCAAGCUUAACAUUUCUAUUUUUUAUUUAUUAUCUUUUUCAGUAGUGUUAGUAUUCGUGUUGUAAAGAUUAUUAGUGAAGGAUCUUGCCUUUGCGAGAGAGAACUUUGGUUCAAUUUCUCAAGCGAUUUUAUUUCAGCAAUGAAAGGGAAGAAUUAGUCA